AAAAAAUACGGAUCCUAGCCUUCACGGCAAGCGCCAGUAAAAUUCGUAGCGAUCGCCAUCGCUACUGUUGCGACUCUUCACUAAUCUCGCCGUCGUCUCCGACUCGGACAGAGACUCACUGCUGAUCUCUCUCUGUCUAUAUCUCUACAAAACCCCCCUGCAAAUCUCCCACCAAACAUUCACUGCCAUCGCCCUGGUUCGCUGAGAUAGAAAGAUUCAGCUCAUCCCCUCGUAACUGCUCCCCCACCCACAAGGAAGAAGGCGGAAAAAAAAAAUCCUGGGUUUUCCAUUUUCCCACAGACCCAUCUUCGGAAUCGCCGUUCUUGAAUCCUCCCGCACCCCGAAACGGAAGAAAGGAAGGAAUUUUCGCGUGCCCGUCGUGCUGCAUCGCGGUGUCCGUGCGUGGGUGUGUCCGCGUUUGUGAGGGAGGGAGGCAGAGGGAGAGAGAGAGAGAGAGAGAGAGAGGGGCGGAUUGGAGUGAAAUUGGGUUAGCAGCGACACAUGAAGAGGCUAAAGAGCUAUUACAUGCACCUGAGGCACCCUCAGACGAUGGAGCGGAGGUGGAUCUUCCCUCUGGCCAUCGGCUCGAUCGUGUCUCUCUUCCUGCUCUUCCUCACCACGCUGACCUCGCAGGAGGGCGUGCCGUUGUUCCCCUUCUACCGGUCCUCCUCCGCAUCGAGCUCCCCCUUCGUCGAAACCAAGCUCCACCCACUCCCCGUCUCCGCCGUACCGCCGCCGCCUCGCUUCGCCUACUUGAUCUCCGGCUCGACCGGCGACGGGUCGAUGCUCAGGAGGACGUUGAUGGCCCUGUACCACCCGCGGAACCAGUACGUUGUCCACUUGGACCUCGAGUCCAAGCCCGAGGAGAGGUUGGAUCUGCAGCGUUUCGUGGAGACGCACCCCGUGUUUGCGAAAUUUAAGAACGUGAGGAUGAUUACCAAGGCCAAUCUCGUCACUUACAGAGGGCCGACGAUGGUGGCUAACACGCUCCAUGCCGCGGCUAUCUUGUUGAGGGAAGGUGGGGAUUGGGAUUGGUUCAUCAAUCUCAGUGCUUCGGAUUACCCACUUGUCACUCAAGAUGAUCUGCUGCAUACGUUUUCGUACCUGCCGAGAGAUCUUAACUUCAUUGAUCACACUAGCAACAUUGGAUGGAAAGAGUUCCAAAGGGCGAAGCCGAUUAUUAUGGAUCCCGGUUUGUACAUGACAAAGAAAGCUGAUGUUUUCUGGGUUACUCAGAGGAGAAGUGUGCCGACGGCCUUUAAGCUCUUUACAGGGUCUGCUUGGAUGGCUCUGACCCGACCCUUCAUUGAUUACUGCAUAUGGGGAUGGGACAACCUACCACGUACCGUUCUCAUGUACUAUGCCAACUUCAUAUCGUCUCCAGAAGGCUAUUUUCACACUGUGAUCUGCAAUGCGCAAGAGUUUCGUAACACCACUGUGAACAGCGACCUCCACUUCAUAUCGUGGGACAAUCCUCCGAAGCAGCAUCCCCAUUAUCUCAACCUCGCCGAUAUGCAGAAGAUGAUCAAUAGCAACGCUCCUUUUGCGAGGAAGUUCCCCCGAAACGAUCCGGUGCUCGAUAAGAUUGAUUCCGAGCUGUUGUCUCGUGGGCCCGACAUGCUCGUUCCUGGUGGUUGGUGCAUUGGGAGCAGAGAGAACGGGAGUGAUCCAUGCUCCGUUGCUGGUGAGCCCAUGGUUCUCCGGCCAAGCCCAGGAGCAAAGAGGAUUGAGAAGCUGAUCAGCACUCUGUUGUCAAGUGAGAAUUUUCGACCUAGACAGUGCAAGUAGCAAGAAAUGACAACUUAUGCAGUGAUCAUUCAAACUGAGCUUAGGUCGAUACAAGAGGGAACAAAAUACAAAAGGUCAUGAUCAGGUGAUUAUAUUUCAUUGGCGGGUGGAAGCUUUGGAUUACAAUGUAUAUGCGGUUGGUAUUACAGAAGUGAAUUCAGUCGUCGGUUAGGAUGCUUGGGAUUUACUUCGCAAUGCUUCUGCUGGAAACUCAACAGACUAACCGUCUUCGACCAUAUAGCCGAUUUUACCACUUUGCUUCUCCUUUUCAAAUUGUAUUUAGUGAUCCGUUUCCCCAUUCUGAAUCGAAGCUUAUUUUUGGGCUGAUGGUGUAUGAAACAUUCGUGGAUGAAAAUCGAAGAAUCGAAAUUGGUAUAAUUUAUUCACAA